UGACUGAACUUCAGUUUACCACAGAAAAACCUGUGGAGAUUGCAGGAGUCUUCUCAGUUAUCUUUCUAUCUAGAACUUCCAGUAUAUGCGGUCUGUGCUUAGGUUAAAAUGGAAUCUUGAGAUCAUUUAACUGUAACUGAGCCUGUGGCCAUACUGAAAGCAGAUGAGGUAUGGGGUGCUUUAAGAGGAUUGGAAACCUUCAGCCAGUUGGUUCAUGAAGAUGACUAUGGAAGUUUUCUUGUGAAUGAGACUGAAAUCAAUGACUUCCCAAGAUUUGCUCAUAGAGGAAUCUUACUAGACACUUCAAGGCAUUAUUUACCAUUGAAAUCUAUUCUUACAAACCUGGAUGCCAUGGCUUUUAACAAGUUCAAUGUUCUGCACUGGCAUAUAGUAGAUGAUCAGUCAUUCCCUUACCAGAGUGUUUAUUUCCCUGAGUUAAGUGACAAGGGAGCAUACUCCUGUAACCACAUCUAUACGCCUACUGACGUCCGUCUGGUGAUUGAGUAUGCCCGGUUAAGAGGUAUUAGAGUUAUCCCGGAGUUUGAUACCCCAGGACACACGCAAUCUUGGGGAAAAGGUCAAAAAGAUCUUCUCACCCCUUGUUACAGUGGAGAACGGCCAACUGGGUCAUUUGGACCGGUGAAUCCCAUUUUGAAUACAACUUACGACUUCAUGACUAAAUUCUUCAAAGAGAUCAGUAGUGUAUUUCCAGAUGCAUACAUUCAUCUGGGAGGAGAUGAAGUGAACUUCGAUUGUUGGAAAUCUAACCCUGAAGUGAAAGAGUUUAUGAAGAAGCAAGGAUUUGGCACUGACUAUGCUAAACUGGAAUCUUACUAUAUUCAGAAGAUUUUGGACAUUGUUUUCUCCUAUAACAAAGAAUACAUGGUCUGGCAAGAAGUGUUUGAUAACAAAGUGCAGCUCAAGCCAGACACUGUAGUUCAAGUGUGGAUGGAAAACAACUAUGCUCAUGAACUGAGCAGUGUCACUGGAGCUGGGUUCACUGCUAUCCUGGCAGCUCCCUGGUACUUAGACUACAUCAGUUAUGGGCAAGACUGGAAGAAAUACUACAGUGUUGAACCGCUUAACUUCCCUGGAACUGAAAAACAGAAAAAGCUUUUAAUAGGUGGAGAAGCCUGUCUGUGGGGGGAAUUUGUGGAUGCAACUAACCUCACACCAAGAUUAUGGCCUCGAGCAAGUGCUGUAGGGGAAAGACUCUGGAGCAGCAGAAACGUGACCAACUUGCAGGAUGCCUAUAAAAGACUGACUAGUCAUCGAUGCCGCAUGCUCCGCCGUGGCAUAGCAGCUGAACCUGUGUUUGUUGGAUACUGUGCCCAUGAAGCACGAGGACAGUAAUGGCAGCAAGGAUUUCCAGUCAACAACCUGAAGUGCCUCUGAGUUUGAAUAUAUGUACAUGCAGUUUGAUAUUUUAACCAAGACUUAAAACUUUAACUUUUAAAAUAAAGUCAUUUGACAUGCUUUUUGGAGUAGAAAUGAUGUGUUUUAGCUUUCAUUAGAUA